GGGCCUACUGGCAAUCAGACAGUCACAUGGACUUCAUCAUUUAUCUGCUAAUUAGAACAUGAUAAAUUAGGGCAGUCAUUGAAUUAUUUCCUUUCAUAAAGUAUUUUCGUCACGUAUUUUGAAGAAACGGAAAGCAUAUAUUAAUAUCAUAACCCCAGACAGCCAUUGAUUGUUCAUGUCCAACUAAGUUUCUGUUCUGCAUGUUUAUCUCCAUAAUCACUCAUUCUUGAACUUGCAACUGGGUCUUUUCUGUUUCAUCAGAUCACAAAGGGCUACAAAAACCCAGUUCAUGAUCACGAUCAUGGUGAUAAAGCUAAUCUUUUGUAAAGAAAAUGUUGUAAGAUACAUAAAGAGGCAACUGUUUCAAACGGUCUUCGGCUUCUUGCAGUAGCUUCAACGUUCAAAUUCAAAUCUGUUCUUGAAGAAUUGAGCAAUGGAAAAUUCAGCCCAGUUAUAUGAAAACUAUGAUCUGGGUUAUCUGGCUUCACCUUCUUCUGUUGAUCAAAAUGAUCAUUCAACGACAGAAACUUCAGUUUACUCAACCAUGAGUGGUGAAUCUUUCGCAUACCGCAGGAGUUAUUCAGAGAUCUCAACCCUUUCAGACCCCAUUGACGACAACGGUUGUUGCAGUGAGCCUUCUCCUUCAAACUGGCCGCCUGCAAGAUUAGGAAUGAAACAGCAAAAGACUCCCAUGGAUGGUAAGCUUGAUGGUCAAGAAAAAGGAGAAUUAGAGCUAGAGAUGAUGAAGGAAAGAUUUUCAAAACUUUUGCUUGGCGAAGAUAUGUCUGGAAGUGGUAGGGGUGUCUGCACAGCUGUUACAAUCUCAAAUGCCAUAACUAAUCUCUAUGCCACUGUGUUUGGGCAAAAUUUGAGGUUAGAGCCUCUUAAACCUGAAAAGAAGGCAAUGUGGAAGAGAGAAAUGGAUUGUUUUCUUUCUGUGUGUGACUACAUUGUAGAGUUCAUCCCGGAGUCAAAGAACUUAUCGGAUGGAACGCAGGUUGAGAUGAUGGCAAGCAGACCAAGGGCAGAUAUUUAUAUCAACCUUCCUGCACUCAGAAAGCUAGAUACAAUGCUCCUGGAAAUUUUAGAUAGUUUCCAGGGCAUGGAAUUUUGGUAUGCAGAACAGGGCAGCAUGUCCUCUAGUUCAACUCUUUCAGGUUCAUUUCGUAGAGUUGUUGUUCAGCGGAAAGAGGAGAAAUGGUGGCUACCAGUUCCAUGUGUUCCUCCAGGUGGUCUCUCUGAGAAGUCAAAGAUACACUUACGCCACAAGCGUCAUUCUGCUAAUCAAAUUCACAAGGCAGCCAUGACCAUUAAUAGUAGUAUUCUUGCUGAAAUGGACAUCCCAGAUUCUUACUUGGCAACUCUUCCAAAGAGUGGAAAAGCAUGUCUUGGAGAUUCAGUUUACCGCUAUAUGUAUUCGACAGACAAGUUCUCCCCAGACUAUCUCCUUGACUGUCUCAAUCUAUCAUCUGAGCAUGAAGCACUUGAGCUUGCAGAUCGAGUUGAAGCGUCCAUCUAUACAUGGAGACGAAAAGCCUGUAUGAGCCAUUCAAAAUCCUCAUGGGAUAAGCUCAAGGGUCUAAUGUCUGAUACUGACCGCAGUGACAAAAAUCACAUUUUGGCGGAAAGGGCAGAGAGUUUGUUAUUCUACUUGAAGCAGAGGUACCCUGAACUUGCACAGACAUCCUUGGACACAUGCAAGAUUCAAUAUAAUCGGGAUGUUGGGCAGGCAAUCCUGGAGAGUUAUUCAAGAGUGCUAGAAGGCUUAGCAUUCAACAUUGUCGCUUGGAUUGAAGAUGUUCUCUUCGUAGACAGAGCAGUGAGAUCUCAAGAUUACUAACGACUCGCAAAUGAGCUAAAUAUUAAAGGAGGGAUAUCUCAAUCCUGGCUUUUUCUCUGGUCAUCUGUCCAUUGAACUAUUUUUGGUAGAUUGAUAAUACCAAGGUGCUCAGGUGAACGAGCUAGGAAAAGGCUAUUUUUUUAUUUGUAAAUAUAUGAAGUUAGAUGUCAUAUAAGAACUGUUUCCAAGUCUAGUGGCAUUGUUU